UAACAAGAAGAAAAAAAGAGGUCAACGUGCGGUAGGAGGGGAUAAGAGUGGUAGAGGACUCCGCCAGUUUAGCAUGAAAGUGUGCGAAAAAGUGGAAAGCAAGGGAAGAACAACUUACAAUGAGUUUUUCAUUUUCCAGGUUGCAGAUGAACUUGUAGCUGAAUUUGCAGAUCCUAGCAGUAGUCUUGCAUCUCCAGACCAGCAACAAUAUGAUGAGAAAAACAUUCGGCGUAGGGUAUAUGAUGCCCUCAAUGUUCUCAUGGCAAUGGAUAUAAUUUCUAAAGAUAAAAAGGAAAUACAGUGGAAGGGUCUGCCUCGAACCAGCGUAAAUGAUGUUGAAGAGCUAAAGAGUGAGCGUCUUGGACUGAGAAAUAGAAUUGAAAAGAAAGCAGCUUAUUUGCAAGAACUGGAGGAACAAUACAUAGGCCUUCAGAAUCUCAUGCAACGGAAUGAGCCAUUAUACAGCUCAGGAAAUGCUCCUAGCGGGGGCGUGGCUUUGCCUUUUAUACUGGUGCAGACUCGUCCUCAUGCAACUGUUGAGGUGGAAAUAUCAGAAGAUAUGCAACUGGUGCAUUUUGACUUUAAUAGCACUCCAUUUGAGCUACAUGAUGACAAUUAUGUGCUCAAGGCAAUGAAAUUUUGUGAAAGACCACAGGGUAAUGAUGUGGCACACAAUUUCUCCGCAGAUGGGGGUGAAGGCUCCAGCAUGACUGACAUUUUUCAUCCUGAAAUUCCUAUUCCUUCGAUGUCUAGCAUACCAGUUAGGCCUCCCACCUCGCCUCCCCUUCCUGGAAUCAUUAAGGCACGUGUUAAGCAUGAGCAUUAGUCUAUAAUAUAGUCAAAUUCUUAUCAUCUUAGCAUGGGGAAUAUAUUGUCGAUGUUUAUUGUGUAAAAUAUUUACCUGGAAGUGGGUGGGCUCCCUGUUUUUGAAUGCCUCAGUUGCGUGCCCAGUUAUAUGGCUUGGUUUAACGAGUAGACCUUUCUUUUUUCCUUCAAAACGUUUAAGGGGUUCUGCUUCCCGCAAGUUCUCUGUUUCACAUAUUCCUGAUAGGCUAUUCUACUUGUUCUAUCAUAGUUUUCUCCUUCUUUGUCCCAUGAUGUAGUUGAAUGAAGUUCAUUUGUAAUGAAUUAUAGAAGAUUGUCGAGCUACAUACAGAAGUAUGAUAUUUAUUUAAAUAUUAG